AUGGAUAACUUCAAAGUGCCACAGAAUAUUCCUCAAGACUUGCUUCUCAUCAGCGAGUUCAUCGACGUUCCCGAUGAAAAACCAAAAAAAUUGGUAGUAAAACAGCAGGAUGACGACAUUGAUAGCUCGGGGAGCGAGUCGAACGCCAGUGAAGACGAGAUCGAAGCAGACCUCAUCGCAGUAGAGGAUGAAGACGCCGCGGUUGUAAAAUCAAUUCCAGAACUGUCUGAUUCGAAUUCUGAAUCUGACUCUGGCUCUGAUUCAGAGCAACAACAACACGACUCUGACGAUGCCGCUAAUAUGCCCGAUGACGAUGAAGAUCCGGUCCCAGCUGCUACCUCCGGAACGUAUUUCCAGACAAAGCAUGAAAUACCUGAAUAUGACGCUGUCAUACCUGAUUUACAACAAGUGGGACCAGACGAAGUACUUGAAAAAGUUGGAGAAAUUAUCAACAUAAUGGAUAGAGUCGUGAUUGUCAAAGGCAUGCCCUCCGAGACCCUCAACAGAGGAUCUGAUCGCGCUCUGGACUCCGACACGCUGCUCGUAUUCGAUGAUAGGACGCUGUUGGGUUAUAUUUACGAAACGUUUGGACCAACCUCCCAACCCCUCUACCAAGUCAGAUUUUCCGCUGCCUACCCUAUUGAUAGCGAACGCAUACGGCUCUCGCGUGAAGUCUAUCACGUUCCCGCUCGGAGCCGUUUCGUUUUUGUGAGCCAGAUCAAGGCCAUCAAAGGAAGUGACGCUAGCAAUGUUCACGACGAGGAGCCUGCAGAUGAGGAGUUGGAAUUUUCGGACGACGAGACCGAAGCUGCCUUCAGGAGUCGUUUGAAAAGAAAACGAGGAGAAUCUCGCGCUCGUUCGACUUCAUCCUCCAGACAGACAACGCCCAAUCCAUCGCAAAUGAGAGAUCAGGAGUUGGAAGAGCAGACAGUCUGGAGCAGAAAUGCGUACGAUGAACACGGGCCUUAUGAUUUGGACUAUAGUGAUCCAGGCUCUUCACGUCCACCACCCAUCCCGUACGACGAUCCUUACUCCGAAAAUUACGCCGCGCCAGAGAACAAAAGGGAAAGCAACACCGGACACGUACCCCAGCGACCAUCAAAUGUUCCUUCAGAUCGUGGGUCUGGGCGAGGAAGAGGCGGUCGCGGAUUUGAUAGGGGUGAAGGUCGCGGUCGCGGUCGUGGUAGAGGAAGAGGAAGAGAUCGCGGCUUCUCUGGAGAUCGUGGGCGGGCUUCACUCGGUGGAGAACCUGGUCGAAGUGGUUGGAUUGGACAAUCAACGGAUAAAAACCGGGGACCAGGCGAAACCUACGAAAUUUCCACCUCACGACCCGCAUCUCCCACGUCUCUCGCUAUCGCUCGUGCGACAGGUCGAACGCCUCACAAUUCCAGCCUCGAAUCGCAACAAAUUCCCCCCAACACUGGCACGUGGGGGUAUAAUCAGACGUCGUUGCAACAGCAGCAAUUUUUAUAUCAGCAACAACAACAAUUUACGUUUGGGCAGCAAAUGUAUCUUCCACAGGUGCAGCCCCACAUUAAUCCCAGAUUCGCGUCUGCGUUUGGGGUUGCGGUGGGACCUGUUCAUCAGCAACAACAGCAGCAUUAUCAGAUCAAUCAAUAUUCGCAGCCCUUCAACGGCGAUGCGCUUGCACCUUCCAUCGAGCCAAGUUGGACAGACGAAUGGACAGUGCGAACGGAUGAACGUUCCUCGUCAGGUCAACCUGGUGAAUCCGGGAAUACAGAACCUCCGUUCCAAGCAUGCGUUGUUUUGAAGCUCCAGAAGUCGUUUUGGGCACCAACCCUUCGACUGGCCCCACCAGUCAUUCUGAGACUGACAUAUGCUGACUCAACCGACCUACACAUGGUGGCAAACGCACGAAUAACGCCAAGCAGCAUUCAGACCUUUACACUCUCUAGCCUCACCUCCGCACUCAAGACUGCGUCAAGGGUCUUCAACCAGAUCAGCUGGUAUUUCAAUCUCAAAGACUCCGUCAUCGAAGGAACAUUGUCGCUAUCAACAACAACCACGGUAAGUCUUGCCAACGAGGGCAACUAUUCACGCUCUCCGGUCUGGCUCUUCCGUUGGCGGGCUUUUGACCUUGGGAACUCGGUCUACUCAAACACUUGCCACGUUCACAACUUCUGGGACCAGCUCCAGUUUCACGCGGUGUCUCGCAGACAGCUUUCUCCACGGUUCAUGAUGGGAUGGUUGACCAUUUAG